AUUUUUUAUUUCGACGUUGAACAAACCGCGUAGUCUAAAAUCUAAUUAUUUAUCCAACUCAAAACUUUGACGCCACCAGCUUCCGACUGCCACCGACUAUUCCAAUUGGCGGCCUCCAUUCUGGGCUACGAAGCAAGAUGUCGUCCAUCUAUAAUCUCGAGCCGCAGCCUACGGCCUCACUUAUCCUCAAUACUACACAAGGCGACUUGUCCGUCGAACUCUUCGCAAAACAGACCCCACUCACAUCGCGAAAUUUCCUCCAGCUAUGUCUGGACGGAUACUACGAUAACACGAUAUUCCAUCGUCUAGUCCCCGGAUUCAUCAUACAAGGAGGAGACCCGACUGGGACGGGAAACGGAGGCGAAUCCAUAUAUGAUGGCGGCGCGUACAGCGGAGAUCUGGACCCAUGGCCCAUGGACCAGCGUCGCGGCCAAAAUGCUGGACCGACAGGUGUGAAUUUUAAAGAUGAGUUUCAUUCGCGGUUGAAGUUCAACCGUAGGGGACUGUUGGGUAUGGCAAACGAAGGCAAACCAGACACCAACGCCAGCCAAUUCUUUUUCACCUUGGACAAGGCAGAGGAGUUAAAUAACAAAAAUACGGUAUUUGGGAGGAUAGUGGGUGAUACAAUUUACAAUCUAGCACGCAUAGGCGAGGCGGAAGUAGCAGAGGGAAGCGAUCGACCUCUCUAUCCAGUCAAAAUCACGGGCGUUGAAAUUUUAGUUAACCCUUUCGAUGACAUGAAGAAGCGGGAACGAAUAGCGAAGCGGACCCACGAAACAUCUACAGCAGGGAAGAAAAAGAAGACGAAGUCUAAAGCGGGGAAAAAAUUGCUGAGUUUUGGUGAUGAGGAGGGCGAUGACGACGCUCCAGUUCUAAAAAAGGCGAAGUUCGAUUCGCGAAUCGUUAUGGACGUGGACGAGGAGCCGACGCCGACAGACAAGCCACCCAAGGCUAGUACCAAAAAGGGGAAUAAAGUGGUCAAGUCAAUCCCAGUUCGCGAACUUCAGACCGACACAAAGUCGGAAGCAAACCCACCUCCUCCGCCAACCAAGAGUAAACCUGUUCCUGUCCAAGAUGAAUCAUCUCCAGAGCCAGAACCGAAGAAGUCUGCGUUGGAACGAGCCAACGAGGAGAUAGCAGCGUUGAAAGCGUCCAUGAAACGGACAAUCCACUCUGAGCCAGUUCAGGAGGUCAAGAAGACAGCAUUUGAGCAAUUAAUCCCGGAGACCUCUACACGCGGCCGGAAAAGAAGACGAGGCGGCGAGGGAAUUGCUGAGAAUAAUGAUCUAUUGCUACUUCAGGCUUUCCGCUCCGAACUUGGCCAAGUAGGGCCUGAGAAGGAGCAGCCAAAUGUUCCCAUAGGGGAAGGUAACGCAGAGCAAGGUUCAGGUGACCAAGAUGAGGAAGCGGAACUCUGCGAUUUACAUUUCAUUGCCAACUGUCAAAGUUGCAACUCCUGGGACAAGGCCGAGAAGGAGGAUAGUGAUGAUGAAGGAUGGAUGUCACAUUCUUUGAGCUUUGCAGCUGAUAAACUUGGGAAAGACCUAUCAUACCGAAAGAAAGCCGAAGAAGAAUUGGUGGUCAUCGACCCACGAGAGAAGGCCCGUACACUCAAGGAGGAAAAAAGAGCUCAAAGAGAAGCACAGUCCGGAAACUCAGGCAGAGAAUGGGAUCAAGCAAGGAAUGCUAAAUUGGCAAGAGCAUCAGCUCUAGCUGGCAGAGGAGCUAAGUAAUUCUUUCGCUCGAGGCUUUUUAUGUAGUAUGGAAUCUGGAUUGACUAUGAUACCCCAGGUAGACUGUUCUACUAACCACGGUUUUGAUAUUGAAAUAACACAUGGGCUGAUGGGUAUCUGUAUCAAGCAGGUAUAAGAAAAGAACAUUAGCACUUUCAUCGGAGCAAAAUGAAGCAGAGUGGGUCGGUGGGUCAUGCAGGACGUGCAUAGUAUGGAAAUGUGAAAUUUUUAUGUUCACCAUAAAUUGGGUUGAUAUUUCAGCAUAAUCGUACGUACUGCUGAGAAUCGGUUUUUGAAUUUGGCCUCUUGGACUAUGGAGACAGCUACGAUUUGUCCGGCGACCGGUCAUUGGUCAAAACAGAAUUCCAUCAGCUACCCCUCGCUCCCUCCACGGCUUAGCGUCGCAUCGUCUGGAGUUGUUGGUCCGGACCUUAGAUAUUCGAGACAAGGUUCUUAUUAAUAACCCCCACAAGCUUUUGAGCGGUGUCGUGUCUCGCGCACUGCCUUGUAUCUAGAUCUGGAUGUCUUGUACCACAUGUUAGGAGGUAAUAGUCCAAAUAACAUCAGUACAAUCUCGAAAUCGUAAGGUAAUGAAUGCAACGAUUGAGGAUAAAAUUUGCAAAAUCAACCUGUCAAUGAAAUCAAUGUACCCAGGUAUUUUUUGAUAUUUC